ACAAUCUUAAUGGAUCACAUGUUUAUUGUGCGGUUUUAGCAUUUCAUUGUCAAGAAUAUCAUUAUAAAUAGCCAUUGUAAUGGAAGUUUUGAAAUUCCCGGCGAACCAGAAAAGAUGGAUUGGUUCUCUGAAGAUAAAUUCUUAUGGUCUGAGCUUUUCCCUGUGAUUCAAACCGCUUUUGUGCCAUACACGGCCACGCCCACAACAACUGAAACUGCUGUGGUGAAGGGACACAAUAUGAACAAGAGAAUGAUAGAUUUCAUGAGAAGAAGAACAAGCAAUCCGACCCCUCCUGCAAGAAUCAUCGAAACCCCAGAAUCCGAAAGAGAACGCGGUCUACGACACAUGAUGAGCGAGCGCACAAGGAGAAACAGAGAAAAAGAGGGUUAUCUAGCCCUGCAUUCAAUGUUGCCUCCUGGAACCAAGAAUUGUAAGAAGGGUAUUGUGGAUAUGGCGGAGAAGAGCAUUCGAGAGCUGCAGAACUAUAAGGAAGCACUGGAGAGAAAAAACAAUGAACUUGAAACAAAAUUGGCCACAAUAGAAGAAAACAGAGGAGGAAGUAAGGUAAGACUAAGUGUGCCAAAUCCAACAUCAGCGGUUGAUUCUUUGCUGGAGGUUCUAAAAUGCUUGAAGAGCUUGGGAUUCAAAAUUAGGAAUAUCCAGUCAAAACUCCAUGACCAGGAGCUUGUAAUAGUAGUGGACAUUGAAACAGAGAUUGGAGCUGCUGAGGUAAAGACGAGAAUACUCAAAGAUGCUGCAAGGAAGAAGCUUCUUUUGAAUUUCCCAGAAAGUUGAAGAGAGGGUGGGUGGGUGGUCAUCAACUUUGAAUUUCUUGCAUGGGAGACGAAAGAGCGCCCACAAUGUAAUAUACAAUUAUACAACGACAAGAAAGUGGUUUUUGACCGAGUCAGCAAUAGCCAGUCACCAAGCAAUAGCGAGAGCUACAAAGGAGAAAUUGUGUAAUUCUUUUAAUAUUUUGUAAAGCAAAUCAAAAUGGGAAUAGUGGGUGUGUUUCUCAAUGGAAUGCAACGGUCAAAUUUUUUUUUAACUCUAUGCCCUUGGAUCCAAUUUCAAUCUAACGGUGGGUAGCUCCAUCGAGAAAGUUACCGUUUGUCAAAUUUCUUUCGACGCCAUCGCAGCAUUUCAAAACAAGAAGCGAUGUACGCUCUGCUUUCACCUUUUGGAUUCCCAACGGUCAUCUUCAUCAGUUCAGGAAUCUGGGUACCACUGGUAUUCUCAAAACACCAUUUUCAAAUGGGUAUUCGUUAGAUUUUUCUUCUUCUUCUUAUGUGUUCUACUUGUAAUUGAGGGGAAAAUAAGGGCUUCAUCAAUAUGAAUGUUCUUCCUUCACGAUUUCUUUUGAUUUUCGAUUGAUUAUUCCCAAUUUGACUCUGUAUUUCCCUUUCCUUAAUUGCUGUUCUAAUUUCAACUGGCGUGGUGUUGCUAUGGUUUAGUUUCUCAAUUGUUUUCUAAGAGAACAUUGGAAGAGAAAGCCAAUUUCUAACUUUGAUUAUC